AGGGGCAAGCUAAAAAAUGGAGCAAAGCGAAAUGUCAACACAAAAUGAGAAAGCAGAUAAUAUAACGUCGUGUGUUAAAGACCCCACUGAAAACCAGACUAAUGAAGCCGCAUGCGAAGUUCCAUCACAGCUGCCAAACGCUGGACCAGUUUGUAAGCCGUCCGAGGAGACGGAAGCUCGGCAUAACAGGUUGAAGCUAUUCGACAAAGUGAUGCAGAAGAGCCUGGAAAAGUUUAUCGACCUUGCCAGUUUUAACAGAUUUGCCAGCACAUUUCGUCCGCUGUACAAGAAGAACCCACAGAGGAUGGAGAGCAUUCACAAGCAGUUCAUAGAGGAGCUGCGGAGGGCUAUACAGGAAGACCUCAGCAGAUUGAUUGAAGAAGGCCGGUUAGAUGUCAAACUGAAUGAGCUGGACAAACUGGAGCGGGCUGCUAAGAACAACCCAAACCCUGCAUGGCGACCAAGUGGGGUUCCUGAGCAGGACUUUUGCAGCUUUUUAAUGCCAUAUUAUCAAAAGCAGGAGGCCUACAUGCGACAGGAGUUGAAAAAGAUUCAAGCAGAGAAUGCUGCCCUAGCACAGAAAGUUAGGGCUGGUCGAGAGAAUAUUGCUCAGACUGAACAUCGUAUUUCUACAGCUGUUGAGGAAUGGAAGGCAUCAGUCUCAGAGUUUGAAAGGCUGGCAUCUUCUCUCUGCCCUGCUGACGUCUUUGAUGUGUGAUCUUCAAAUGCUUUGACCUGCAGAUAUAUCGACUAACUUAACUGUACAUAUUGAUUAUAUCUACUAUGCCUUUCUGAAAAUAAACAUCAAACCUUGGGGAAA